GGAAUAGUCAGCGCAGUCGCUAGCACUGGGCGUGGCAUACCGAUCGCUGAACAUUUUCGUUCAUUUUUAUUUUGCGAAGUGAAAUUGAUUGUAAUAAGUGUGAGUAUACAAAAUGCAUUUCGGCAUCUUGGGCAGUGGCGUUGUGGGUCUGACAACCGCUCUGGAAUUGCAGCAGAAUUAUCCAAAUGCGCAAAUCACAAUACUCGCCGAUCGUUUCAACGAGGAGACCACCAGCCAAGUAGCGGCUGGCAUCUUUAGGCCCGGCACAAGUUUUGCGGGACCAACCAGGGAGAUUACACAACAGUGGAUUACAGAUGCCUUUCAUUACUGGGACGACAUACGGCGCUCCAAGGAGGCACCGCUCGCAGGCGUUUGUCAGCUCUCAGGCUACAUUUACUCGUCCACCUCGCCGAAGAUCGUGCGGAACCCCUUUAUUGAGAAUUUAUUGCCGGUUUACCGACAAGCCACUGAGGAGGAAUUGAAGCUGUGUCAGGGCGACUGGAAGUACGGUUCUUUCUUUACAACUUGCCUCACUGAAUGUCGACUCUUCCUGCCAUAUGCAACAAAGAAAUUUAUUGCGGCUGGUGGCCAAGUCACGCGUCAACAUGUUAGCUCGUUUUCGGAGGUGUCGGAGCAAAACUUCGAUGUGCUCUUCAAUUGCACCGGCCUGGGCGCAAAAGAGCUGUGCAAUGACGCUCAACUCGUACCGAUGCGUGGUCAGGUGGUGAAGGUGCGCGCUCCAUGGGUCAAGCUGGCUUUUUAUGGUGACUAUGACACUUACAUUCUGCCAGGCUUCGAAGCGGUCACGCUCGGCGGUUGUCGUCAAUACGACAGCUUCAAUUUGAAUGUCUGCAAAUACGAUACAAUGGCGAUCAAGGAGCGCUGCUAUGGCAUGCUGCCGAGCUUGAAGCGCGCCGAGGUGGUACGCGAGGCUGUUGGAUUGCGGCCACAUCGUGCUGUGGUGCGCGUCGAAAGUGAGAUCCUUCGUUUGGCCAACGGACGCACCCAGAAAGUGGUGCAUAAUUACGGUCAUGGUGGCUAUGGUGUUACGACCUCACCAGGCACAGCAAAGUAUGCUGUGAAAAUAGCGCGUGAACUUUUGGCGGGUAACAGUAAAUUGUAACGGUUAACGGUGUGAUAAUUUCAUACAUAUGUAUAUGUACAUGUCUGGCAAUAAAUUUAUCUAUGUACAUACAUAUA